CAUCAUUUUUCAACCAUCUCUUUAAAAUAUAUGGCCAGACAAAGUGGGACACUAAAUGUACAUAAGAAAAAGUAUGUGAUGGUGUCAUAUUGACCAAAAGUGGGCAGGCUCCAAUAUUUAAGAGGGGAAAGAAUGGAAUAGAGAUGACAAGCUUCUCAAGCUUGUUUUUCGAAAUGGAGGAGAGCUCGAACAACGGUGGCCGACGUGAUGAAUACAAGAAGAUCAAGGAAGGGUCUUGGUUCGACCAGUUCCGCAAUGGCUCCAACCCGUGGAUGGCGAGAUAUGUCUAUGGCUUCAUGUUCUUGAUCGCCAACUUGCUCGCUUGGGCUCUCCGUGACUAUGGCUCAGCUGUGAUGCAAGAGAUGAAGCGGUUAAAAGAUUGCGAUGGAGGCGUAGAUUGUUUGGGUACCGAAGGGGUAUUGCGAGUCAGCUUGGGUUGUUCUAUGUUCUAUUUUGUGAUGUUUUUUUCUACAGCAGGAACCUCAAAGUAUUGUGAUGGCAGAGAAGCGUGGCACUCCGGGUGGUGGAUACCCAAGAUCGCUAUGAUGCUUUUGCUUAUUGUACUUCCCUUUCUCCUCCCUAUUCAAAUCAUUUCAAUUUACGGUGAGGUAGCACAUUUUGGAGCAGGUGUAUUUCUGCUGAUUCAGUUGGUUAGCAUAAUCAGUUUCAUCUCGUGGCUCAAUGAUCGCUGCCACUCUGAGAAAUAUGGCGAUAGAUGCCACGUUCACGUGAUGAUGUUUUCGACAGUCACGUACGUCGUCUGCUUGCUUGGGAUCAUCUUAAUGUACAUUUGGUACACGCCAGAGCCGUCUUGUCUUCUCAACAUUUUCUUCAUUUCAUGGACUCUGGUGCUUCUCCAACUUAUGACCAGUGUCUCUCUCCAUCCAGAAGUGAAUGCUGGGUUUUUGACUCCUGGUUUCAUGGGCCUUUACAUUGUGUUCCUCUGCUGGUCUGCAAUCAGAAGCGAACCGCCCGAAGAAAAAUGCAUUCAGAAGGCCCGGGCUGCUUCUUCGAAAGCAGAUGCGUUCACUAUCAUAAGCUUUGUUGUGGCAGUCCUUGCAAUCGUGGUUGCGACUUUUUCCACGGGGAUCGAUUCGAAAUGCUUUCAGUUUCAGUUUGGCAAGGAUUCCCAAGUAGUCGAAGAGGACGAGGAAGAGGAGCACGUUCCAUACGGUUAUGGAUUCUUCCACUUUGUCUUUGCUACCGGCGCCAUGUACUUUGCGAUGCUAUUAAUCGGAUGGAAUGCUCACCACUCCAUGAAAAAGUUUACAAUAGAUAUUGGUUGGACAAGUACUUGGGUGAGGAUAGUGAAUGAGUGGCUAGCUGCUUGUGUUUAUAUAUGGAUGCUGGUUGCUCCAGUUGUAUGGAAGGCGAAACAAGCGGGCGAAUCCCAAGUCUAACCGGGCGACCAAAGGUCACUACGAAACGGAUACAAACGGUCAUCACGGAAAUUUAAACAUUGGGAAAAACAUGGGUUUUGGGCAUUGAAUCAUUCACUUGAUUUGCAUUUGGAUGAAAGGAAAUGAAAUGCUUGGCAAAAGGUGUGUUUGGCCUGAGGAGAUUCUUUGUCCAACCUGGAAAUGCAUCAGUUGAGUGGAGAGCAGAAAGGGAAAGGGCAAAAAAGGAAAUCAAUUUGGUGUUGGGAUUCAUGUAACUGUUUUUGUUCUUCAUCAGUAUAAAUUUAUAGUACUAAAGUUAUACGCCAAGUGUCAGUUUAGAGGUCAGAUUUGUAAAUCUUGUUUUAGUAUCAUGUUGUUACUAAACACGAUGAGAAAAGCAUUAAACCAUUUAUGCCAGAGUUACUACUGAAAGUGAGGAAAAAGACAAUU